AUGGAGCUGCUCUGGAGGAAAUACGAAUCUGAAUAUGUAAUUAUACACAGCUACACGGACAGGGGAAACCAGGAGCUACCAGGGAGAGGCUACAAGGACCAGACAGAGUUGUUCCCCCAUGAGUUCAUCAGGGGAAACCUCUCUCUGAAGUUGAAGAGUCUGAAGGUGAAGGAAGCUGGAUGGUAUCAAUGCUUUGUGAAAAGUGCAGAAGGAAACUAUGAGGCUCGCAUCGAGCUCAAGAUAGAAGCUACUGCACCCGUACGCAUUUUUGUGACAGUGCCUGGGGGGUCGGGGCUGGGACUGUCAUGCAAAUCCACUGGAUGGUUCCCUGAGCCUACAGUCCGCUGGGUCACACAGGAUGGGCAGACCCUAGCAAUGGAGCCAGUGACCACCAUCACGCAGGACAAGCAGCAGCAGCUCUACACUGUGGAAAGCCACAUCACUGUCCUUGGAGGAAAGGAUGUUGGUGAGAUACGGUGCAUUGUACAAAACAGCCUGACAGGCACUGAGCAGCACUCAGCCAUCGAGCUUGGAGCCAAGGAGAAGGCGGCCAACAGGAAAGCUGAGCAGGAGGCAGCUCUCCUAGACAAGGACAAUGUGGAACUUCACAAGUGGAAAGAAACACUCACGGAAGAGCUGGCUAUCCGAAGGGCACGGAGCUACUGGGUGACCAUCACCCUGGACCCAAGCCACCAGCACCCUGAACUCAUCAUGUUUAAGCAUGGCCAAGGCGUCCAGCGUCGGCCCUCCUUUCUGGGGCCAGCCCCCUGCAUUGCCGUGGGGUCCUCAGGGUUUGCAUCCCAGCGGGCUUACUGGGAGGUGGAGGUAGGGGAUGGGAAGGACUGGGAGCUGGGUGUGCUGAGCGAGGACACUAGGGACCAGGUGAUAGGAGGGGAGGUGGAGGAACGACCCAAAGAGGGCGUCUGGGCCCUGGGAAGAGCAGCGGGACAGUACCACCCCCCCGAGGCUGACACACGGCUACAGACCCAGGAGAAGGCAGUCAUCAUUGGGGUGUACCUGGAGGGAGAAGAGGGGAAACUCACAUUUUAUAAUGUUGUCCAAAUGGCCCUGAUUGUGGCCAUCCCUGUGCCUGACUCAGAGAAACUUUACCCCUUCCUCAGCCCUGGCCCUGCUGGGGGAGAUGGCAGGGAUCCCCUCCGCCUCUGCCCUCCCAGCAACUGUGAUUUCCCACAGCAACUAGUGCAGAAGAGAUGUAACAAAGAUGUUUAG